GGGCUGCUUCUUCAGAGAGCUCUCAGAGCUUGGAUCCAGAGAUACAGAGUCUCCACUGCCUGCUACAGCCAAGGAGAGAAUAAAACAUCCACGAAAGCAGAAGUGGUCCUCUCUGGUUUGCCUCUCUUGAAACCUCUGCCAGUGCGCUAAUGGCCAGCAAUAACACAGCCAGUAUAGCACAAGCCAGAAAACUGGUAGAACAACUCAAAAUGGAAGCCAACAUUGACAGAAUAAAGGUAUCAAAAGCUGCGGCCGACUUGAUGGCGUAUUGUGAAGCUCACGCCAAGGAGGAUCCCCUACUGACCCCAGUGCCUGCAUCGGAAAAUCCGUUUAGGGAGAAGAAGUUUUUCUGUUCCAUCCUGUAAACCGUAGAAAGCCGCGUGCUGCCGGGCUCCCCGAACACUGAUGUAGAAAUUUUCAACAUCACAGACUCUCUUGCAGUCUACAGAAUCACAGUAACAAAUUAAUAACUCGACUUGGAGAAGGAGCAGCAUUGAUAAUCCUGGCUAAGGAAAACCCAUCACUCGAAAAAUGAAGGAAGAUUUUUCAACCAUGAAAAUAAGACUUGGUCUUUUCAGACUGCCUAGAGAGAAAAAUGUGUUUGACAAAAACAUAAAGCUUUGUGUCACUUAAGUUCAACCUGUUUUUUUUUUUUUUGUUUGUUUGUUUGUUUUGUUUUUCAUAUUUUUUUCCUUUUUGUAAUUUUCAUUAUUUUGAAUGGGGCAAGGGGCAAUGUUUUUCCAAAACAGAUGUUAGAUUGUGAAUAGCGUGCUUUUUUUAUUUUUUUUUGUUGUUUAUUUUAAGUUGUUUAACAAUAUUCUUUCAUCUAAAUUAAAUCGUCACUUCUAGCCGCAGGAUAAAACUUGCAAUGGUGUUUAUAUUUCUUCAUAUGUAGAUGUUGUGCAUUGCGUAGGGUAGAGUAGCGCUACGAUGCAUUUCGCGGUGCCGAUCAUGUAAUAUUUUAACCGCGUUCAUGGUGUGUAUUAAGAAAUUUAGCCAGCAAGUGGCUGUUAUGUGUUCUAGGAAAAUGUUAUCACUCUUUGUAACAUUUUUAAUGUAACUUUUGAUUCUGAAAAACAAAAGUCUAGUGAUGUAGUUUUUAUAUCUAUUUUUGUGACUAUUUUGAAGGCAUUGUGCAUGAAGCAGCAGAGGGAGGGAUGCAAAUCUGGUUUUGAUCGUCAUCCCAAUACAAGGAGCUGAAAGGUGGAAUUUAUGCCAAUAACUUUAUUUUGUACUUUUUUUUUUUUGUGAAGAAAAAAAAAAGCUUAUUGAAUUUCCAUAGUGCCAUAGAGAAUAGCAAUCUCAAGCGAUUACAAUAGCAGUUUCCAACAUGAUGGUUUUGAAGAAUUGCCAAAGAAUCACAAGCCUUGGUCCGAUAGCAGUAAGAGCUGUUUAAUUGGCAGAUCACAUUCAGAACUCCCCAAACCACCUGCAUAUUGUCUCUAAAAGCAGAAAAUCGAGCUGUUCUUCCAUAAUCUACCUUUCUAGCCAGUUGGAGACACAGACAGUACAUAUUCUCCUUAAUAUUUUAGUAACCCUUUGUAUAACUUCGAGUGACAAAUGACUCGGUAUAGGAUUAUCUAGAUCUGAAUCACGUUGGGGGUGUAUCGUCCGUUAAGGAGGUGAGAAACCAUUCUGACAUUCAAUGAAUGCAUUACACAUAAUGGAAGCUCAUAAGGCCUUAUUCGAGAACAUGCGGCAUGGGGUCUAGACUUUACUGAUUAUACAGCCAUAUAGUUUUUCUUUUGGGGACAAAAGUCGAUACCCAAUACAAAAGUUAUGUUUAGGGUUUUGUAGAGUAUAAUUUGCUAAAUUGGGGAAUUGCAGAGAAGGGACACGUUUUCUCAAUAUAUCUGUGUUGAGUUAAAGUUUAUUAUUCCUUUUGUCAAUUCUUCUAAAUCUCCAGUUUAGUAAAUAUCCCAAUUCUCCCGCCCCACUAUCCCCCCAUUGCUGUAAAAUAUUUAUACCGUAUUUUUAAUUUCAUUUUCCACUCUAAUUCUAUAAGUAUUUUUAGGACCAUCUCUCUGUAAGAUCACUGCAGAGCUCAGCAGUGACCCAUCCAAGCAUGUUUCAGGAGAUUUUAAGGGGUUGAUUAAUAACUGCUUAUUCUUUGGGGCACAUUCAUCUUUAAAACUGAUGACAGGACACCUUUUCACCAAUAUGACUACAUAAUAAAUAAUUACCUUGUUUGUUUAAAAUGAGAUCUGAAUCUUCUGCUUUUAAAAGCCGCUUAAUUGCCGCCAUAUGUGAGUGUUCAUUAUGGAUGGACCAUUAGGGACAAACCGUUAUUCACCAAAGUGUGUCUGUCUGGAAUUCAAACUGGUUUAUUCUCUAAGCCGCAAACUGCGGUGACUUGAAACCUAGUUUGCACAAUCUAGGUGCCAGGAUUCUUCAAUAGAGAGAAUCAAAUUUAACCUACAUUUUACAAUUUAGUUUUCAAUUCAGGGAGAUUGUUUGUUCACGAAAAGAGACUUGCACAUUUUACUCCAACAUAGCCGAUAUAAGACAACUGUUUUCUUGUUUGGCGAUUUACUUAAUUACAAAUUCCUUGAUGACUUUCUGUAGUUUGUGGUUUAACCAAUAAACCUUUACAUUGUGA